AUGUCUCACACUUCCCUCCAUCGCCAUAGCUCACUCCCUCUCAUCGCCUUCGCGCACUCCCCUCCCGUCGCCUUCGAGCACUUCCCUCCCGUCGCCUUCGCGCACACCCGUCCCGUCGCCUUCGCGCACUCCCCUCCCGUCGCCUUCGCGCACUUCCCUCCCGUCGCCUUCGCGCACUCCCCUCCCGUCGCCUUCGUGCACUUCCCUCCCGUCGCCUUCGCGCACACCCGUCCCGUCGCCUUCGCGCACACCCGUCCCGUCGCCUUCGCGCACUCCCCUCCCGUCGCCUUCGCGCACUCCCCUCCCGUCGCCUUCGCGCACUCCCCUCCCGUCGCCUUCGCGCACUCCCCUCCAAAGAGGAUGAUCACUCCCUCCCGUCGCCCACGCUUCCUUCCUGACGCACGAUCACGCUCCCUCCCCUCCCGUCGCCUUCGCGCGACGCCUCUUUCGCCCCUCCUCACUCUCUUCCGUCGCCCACGCUCACUCCCCUCCCGUCGCCCACGCUCACUCCCCUCCCAUCGCCUUCGCGCACUCUCUCCCGUCGCCUUCGCGCACUCCCCUCCCGUCGCCUUCGCGCACUCCCCUCCCGUCGCCUUCGCGCACUCCCCUCCUGUCGCCUUCGCGCACUUCCCUCCCGUCGCCUUCGCGCACACCCGUCCCGUCGCCUUCGCGCACUCCCCUCCCGUCGCCUUCGCGCACUUCCCUCCCGUCGCCUUCGCGCACUCCCCUCCCGUCGCCUUCGUGCACUUCCCCCCCGUCGCCUUCGCGCACACCCGUCCCGUCGCCUUCGCGCACACCCGUCCCGUCGCCUUCGCGCACUCCCCUCCCGUCGCCUUCGCGCACUUCCCUCCCGUCGCCUUCGCGCACUCCCCUCCCGUCGCCUUCGUGCACUUCCCUCCCGUCGCCUUCGCGCACACCCGUCCCGUCGCCUUCGCGCACACCCGUCCCGUCGCCUUCGCGCACUCCCCUCCCGUCGCCUUCGCGCACUCCCCUCCCGUCGCCUUCGCGCACUCCCCUCCCGUCACCUUCGCGCACUCCCCUCCAAAGAGGAUGAUCACUCCCUCCCGUCGCCCACGCUUCCUUCCUGACGCACGAUCACGCUCCCUCCCCUCCCAAUGGGGACUCCCCGCGCCUUGCAACUCCCCUUCCUCCUGCUACGCCACACCCCACACUCUCGUCUCCCCAUCCCUCAUCUCCCCUUCCCUCGUCUCCCCAUCCCUCGUCUCCCCAUCCCUCAUCUCCCCAUCCCUCAUCUCCCCUUCCCUCAUCUCUCCAUCCCUCGUCUCCCCAUGCCUCAUCUCCCCAUCCCUCACCUCCCCUAGCCUCACCUCCCCAUCGCUCAUCUCCCCAUCCCUCAUCUCCGCAUCCCUCAUCUCCCCAUCCUGCAUAUCCCCAUCCCUCAUCUCCCCUUCCCUCACCUCCCCGUCCCUCAUCUCCCCAUCCCGCAUCUCCCCAUCCCGCAUCUCCCCAUCCCUCAUCUCCCCAUCCCUCAUCUCCCCAUCCCUCAUCUCCCCAUCCCUCACCUCCCCAUCUCUCACCUCCCCAUCCCUCAUCUCCCCAUGCCUCACCUCUCCAUCGCUCAUCCAUCCAUCCCUCAUCUCCCCAUGCCUCACCUCUCCAUCGCUCAUCCAUCCAUCCCUCAUCUCCCCAUGCCUCACCUCUCCAUCGCUCAUCCAUCCAUCCCUCAUCUCCCCAUGCCUCACCCCAUCUCCGCCGCACCCUGUGGCAUCGUCACACGUCGCAAUUUCCCACCUCUUCCUACUUCCCAUCCCCCUCUUCCGCCCUUCCUACCCCCUUCUCUCAAUCCCUUCCUCUCGCCCUGCCAUCUACUUCCCAUCCCCCUUUCCUCGUUUCCCCAGACCUCCUUUCCCCAUCCCGUCAUUCCCUCUCCCUCCGUUCCCCAUCCUUCCAUUCCCCAUGCCUACUUUCACCAUUCCACCAUACCCCAUUCACCAUACUCCUAACCCCAUCUCCUCCUCACCCCAUCUCCUCCUAUACACAUCCGCUUCUUCCCCUUCCCUCGUCACCGCGUCCCCUCCUCUCCCCAUCCCCUCCUCUCACCAUCCCCUCAUCUCCCCACCCCCUCCCGUCCUCUCCCCAUCCGCCCAUCCCACCUCACCACUUCCCUCCUCUUCCCAUCCAUCCUCUCCUCAUCCCUCCCCAUCCGUCCUUUCCCCAUCCGAUCCUCUCACCCUCCCCUCCAGGUGUUUCCCACACCGCCCUCGGCCCAGCGGCACCUCUUCAUCCCUUGUGCAUUUCUGCACCAGGGAGCUGCUUGGGGCGCUGUGGGCGGAUGGCGGUGGGCAGAGUCACACAGCAGAGGCAGACGUGGUGCUGCCUGUCCUCCCUUCCCCCCGUCCUCCCUCCCCAUCCAUCCUUCCCUUCCUCUGUUCCUCUCUUCCUCCAUACGUCCCUUCCUCCGUUUCUCUGUCCCUCUUUCCCCUGGUCGUCCUUCUGUUUGUCUCCUACCUAGAGUGA